AUGGCGAAUCGUUUGGAGCAUGUGCGUUCCAACAUGAUGCACGGAGACGGCGGCCUUGAAGAAAAGGUGGAGGUGAAUCAACGACAUCUUAUCGACAAGAUCCUCGCUCGCUAUUCUGCUGAAUAUGUCCUUUACCGUGAGCUCAUGCAAAAUGCAGAUGAUGCUACGUCUUCCAGUGUGCAGAUUCAGUUCCAUACAGCCUCGCCCUCCUCUGGUGAUCCAACAAAACCCAACCUCUCUGCCAAGUGCGAAAAGGUCACCUUUCGAAACAAUGGUAUUGCUUUCCGCCCUGAAGAUUGGGCUAGGUUGAAGCGCAUAGCCGAAGGCAAUCCUGAUGAGCAAAAGAUUGGUGCUUUUGGUGUUGGCUUUUAUUCAUUGUUCUCAGUGUGUGAAAAUCCUUUUGUCGUAUCAGGAUCACAAUGCAUGGCAUUCUACUUUAAGGGCGAUCAGUUAUUCGCAAGAAGAGGCGAUGUCCCUGAGGGUGACCAAGAUGAAUGGACGUCUUUUUUGAUGGAGUUGCGUGAACCAAUGGAAAUGCCUGGAUUGGAUGACUUUGCAAAGUUUCUCUCUACCAGCAUGGGAUUCACUGCCAAUUUGCGAGAGAUUUCAGUCAUGCUUGAUCAUCACUUGCUAUUUCGGAUAAGGAAGGAAAUGCGUGAAUCAAAGGAGAUGACCGUCGACAGCAGAAAAGUUCACACAUCAUCACCCAACGGCAUGUUCACUAUUACUGGAGCCAGCAUGCGUGACAUUCAAUUGAGUGCUGAAAAGUAUACCCCACCAAGUUUCAUUGCAUCUAUUCUCUCUGGGAGGAAAACAGAGACAUCUGAAGGAGGGCUACCAAUGGAAAAAGCCAACAUUUUUCUACGAGUUGUUGCGGGUUCAUUGAAUGUACGAGUAUCACCAGCAUUUGAACGUGAGAUGGAACGAGCGACCAAGAAGAAGCCACCAAAGACAACCACCUAUCAGAUCGUUUAUACGGGACGACAAGAGCUUGAUGCGUCUGAAAACAACAGCAAUAUCUUCAAAGAUCUGGUGCCAUUUCCUCAACAAGGACGUGUGUUUAUUGGAUUCCCUACACAUCAAACCACUGGAUGUUGCUCACACAUGGCAGCACGUUUUAUACCCACCGUCGAACGAGAGAACAUUGAUUUUGCCGAUCGAUACAUUAGCGUUUGGAACAAGGAGCUCCUAUCGAUUGGUGGCCUGCUGUGUAGAAUCAUUUACAAUCACGAAUUGGAUCAAAUCGAUCGAUUGUACCGGGAAUUGAUCGGCUAUCCCGACAUGGUGAAUAAGACUGAUGCUACGCCAAAUGACGCCAAAAUCAUGCUAGAAAAGCAAGCAGCUCAUGCAUUACAUUCUUUCACUUUCCAAGACUCGACUCCCAGCAACAUUGUGCAAAAAGUACAGCUUGAACGAUUCUUCAACUCGAGCAAAGUACCGAUUCGGAUCAUGACUUCGCAUGGCAUCCAACCUAUUACAGUAGCUCGUCUUUUGCCCGACUUAUCAUCGCAACAGCAUGUUUUAUUGAAUGAAUUUGUCAAAACGAUACCGACAAUCCCAAUGGACGUAUUGGAUCAUGCUAAAGAUGGCAUCGACAAGUUGAAGAAAUUUGGAUUGCUCAAAGUCUUGGAUUUGCAAGAUGUGCUGAAGGAGCUUGAUACGCGCAUUCUCAAAGCACCGGAGAUGGUAGCAUGCUUAAAGUGGUGGAUCGAAGAUAUGAAAAGUGGUGCCAUUGUGGAUAUGCCUGAUGUACGACAACGCUUUUUGGAUGCUGCGAUUCUACAAACAGAGGAUGAUACGACUGUACCACUUUCAGCUAUUCGAUGGUGGAUCAAUCCAAAAAUCACACCGCCAGAGCUACCAAUGCCUGAAGCAGCACUUCCUUUUGUGAUCAGCCGUUCAUUCAACCCGAGGGAUUUAGCAACAUGGUUCGGAUCGUGGACUGAAUUAUCGCUUGUGGAAUGGGUCAAUUAUGUGGCUGGAAAAAGCGAGCUCGAGGUGGUACCUGCAUUUGCAGAGCGUGUGUUACGAGUGGUGUCACAUGGAUACAGUCAUGCAUCAACCAAAUCACAGAAUGAGAUCUGCAAGGUCAUGCGCACCAAAAAAUGCAUUCCCACCAAAUAUGGCAUGCGACAACCACCCGACGCCUAUUUUGAAACUGUAAAGCUGUUUGAUGAUCUUCCCAUCAUUCAUUUUGAAAAGCCUAUCAGCGAUCAUCUAUUAGCUGCUCUCGGUGUACGAAAGCAUGUUGAAUUACAAUUGGUGUUUGAUCGAUUGAUUUCGGAUGGAAGUUGGUCGCAUGUGGAUCUCGUCAAGUAUUUGACAUCGGUGCAAUCUACGCUCUCACAAAUGGAGGUGAAUCGACUCAAGGAAACACCCAUCUUCACAAAGGAAGGCGAACCACCCAAGGUCAAGCAAGUAGAGCGUAAAACGGAUGCUGGUGCGGUGGAAAAGCAUACCAAAUCGGUCUAUCGACGUUACAAAGCGAGUGAUCUUUAUGCACCAUUGGAUGUACUUCGGCAGCUACAGCUCCCUAUCAUUGAUUGGAAGCAAAAUCGGUGGCGACCUGAAAGCAACGAGGCCAAAUUUAUGGAACGACUUGGGUUACAGGCAACACCAUCAUUGACCACUAUCUUGACUUUGGCAUCGCCAUCGACGGAGGAUCGUGGCAAGCAAAAGCGUGCGCUUCAUUACUUUUUGGAGAAUUUCAAGCAAUAUGAAGCUGCCUACAGGGCUCCAGCAGUCGACAUUCCCUUUUUACCAUGCAAGGAUGGUCAAACAUAUGUUGCACCCAAGGAUUGUUUUACCAACCCAGAAGUUGAGGUUCUCGGAUUUCAUGUGUUGCAUCAAGACCUUGUGUUUGUUCGUGAUAAGCUUGGCGUGUAUGAAAAUCCUGAUGCAAAACGAUUGGUGGAUGCUUUUGUUCAUUACAUGGGGAAUCCUGCCAAUAGCCAGCAUGCGCGACGUGUGUUUGAAUAUAUGGCUGAUCGGAUGGGUGAUAUUGGUUAUCAGCAAUGGUAUCGAUUACGCGAGACAAAGUUUAUCCCUAUCGGCAAGGAUUCGGUUGAAUUGAUUGAGCCUGCGCAAUGUUAUUUCGAAUCCGGCGAAUCCAGCUUUCACAAGGAACUUUUUCAAUAUGUGGAUUUUGGUGCACGAGCCAAUUCAUUUUUACGAUCAUGCGGUGUCAAAGAUGAGCCAAAUACUAUUGAGCUCGCCACUAUGAUUGUAAAGAACCCACAGCGCUUCCGUGAUUUGAGUGGUGGAGGUGAACGCUAUUUGAAUGUGCUACGACAAAUUGCUGGUCAAUAUCAUCAACUACGUGGCAACAAAAAGUUAAUGGAUGACAUGCGAUCAACGCCAUUCCUUAUUGGUAUCCAGCGUAUGCCUGACUUUGAGACAUCUUCAUCUUCUGCUGAAACAACAGAUGCCAUCGACGAUGAUCAACAAAGAGAUGAAUUUGUGCAAUAUCGACUAGCCAAAGCACAAGAUAUUUUCAUUGUGGAUGAUACAAUGGCUCAGCAGAUCUUUUCACCCCUUUCAGCACCAAUGGAACCUUUACUUGAAGAGUUUUAUGCCCAUCUUGGAAGUGAUCGUUUAUCAAGACAAAUCCGAGAAUCAUACACAUAUCGUGAUCUUAUGGGUGUGACGAAUCGAUCGAAAGCAGUGACGGAUCUUAUCUUCGAACGUGUGCCUGUCAUUAUAUACCAGAUGAUGAGUGACAAUCCACAGCGACAAAAAGAAUUAUGCCACGAUGAGCGAUACGUCAAACGCAAUCUUAAGGUGAUUCAAGUUCGAGAGCUUAAGAUCCGCCGCAAAUUCAAGUAUACCGACAAGGAGAACGUUCAGCCCACAUCAGCUUGUGCAGAUAAGAAAUCGUAUACCAUCUACAUUUCGAGCAUGGGUGAAAUCGAUUAUUACGACAUUGCCAACGCCCUUUGUGCAUUGCUUUUUACUCGUGUCCGAUUCAAUGACGCUAUUAUUGUCGAACGUUAUCUCACUGCCAGCCUGAACAGCUUACGAAGGAAAGGUGUGCCUGUCGAUCGUAUUCUCAACAUCCGCAAGCAUGCUGAAAAGCAGCCUACAGUGAUUGAUACCCAGCAACCUUUACCACCAACACCUGCUGUACCCACCUUGACACCUUCGCAACUAGACGAAUGCACAAAGAAAGUAUUGCAAGUGUUUUCGGAUUGCCAAGAGGGUUAUGUGCGCCAAUUGCUUGCUCAAGAACGAGAGAAUCACGUGGAAAGGGUGAUCGACAAGCUACUUCAAAACAAGGAUUAUCCCAAGAACCGCAUUGUUCAAGAGCAACCAAAGCCUUCAUCACCCACAUCGCCAAAGAGUCCAGCGGCGGAUACAACACCACCACGUCAUUCGGGUAUCUUGGAUCGAUUAUGGAAUCCAUGGAAAAGCACCACCAGCACCACGUCAACACCAACGCCCAAACCAUCCGAACCAGCAUCCACACCUUCAACACCGACACAUGACACUAUCACCAACAAACCAAAACUACCAAGUUCUGAAGGCACAAUUACGCCCAAUUACACAUCCAACAUUAAACAGAACCUUCGACGUGCCAUCCAUUCUUGCAAACCAUUUUCUGGACAAGAUGUCUUUUCGCCACCCCAUAUCAACAAGGUCAAAGAAUCCAACAGCUAUUGCGACGCACGACCUCAGCAUGAUUUGGUGGCUGCAGGACGUCUCAAGGAGCUCGAGUUUUACGUGCAUCGUACAGUGGAUCCUGCUGACGUAUACACGCAAUAUGGUGCAGCCAUGGGUCGAUUUGCGGAUAUGAUUAGAGAAUUGGCUCAAGUAUUCGAGUUGAAGCCUUCGAGUGUGCAUAUCUUUUAUGAUGUCCAAGGAUCGACGAUUGCUUUCAACAUGAAUGGGAGCUUAUUCAUGAACCUACGAUAUUAUUUGGCGCUCCAUGAAAAUUCUGGCAAGCAUAGAGAAGCAUUGAUUUACUGGUUUAUGACCUUAUGCCAUGAACUUGCACACAACUUUGUUGCGGAUCACAGCUCUGAACACGAGUUUUACAUGUCAUCGUUCGCUGAAGUUUACUUGGAUCCUUUUAUCGAUUACCUUGGUACACUUGCCGCUCCUAAACAACAACAACAACAACAACCAUCCCCAGCGUCAACAUCAGCAUGA